CGGCAUUGAGAAAUCAACUUCCGGAAUCCUUCAUGCCACGGAGUUCGUGUUGGUGUGUCCCGCUUGUAUCCUACAUUUGUUAACGCUGUUCAGCCGUCAGGCCCUCUGAACUUGUAACAAUGUCAGCCCAGAAUCAGCCUGAUCCCCUUUUUGAUAUCCGAAAUGCGUUCUACAUCGGAAACUACCAGUACUGCAUCACCGAAGCUCAGAAAGGAAAGAACGUCAGUCCUGAGCACAAGCUGGAGAAAGACGUCUUCCUGUACAGAGCUUACAUAGUGCAGCGGAAGUACGGCGUCGUCUUGGAUGAAAUCCGUUCGAUGGCUCCUGACGAACUGCAGUGCAUCCGUAUGCUCGCCGAUUACCUCUCUGGGGACAUGGCUCGAAAGGACCAAGUUGUGAAGCAGCUUGACCAGAAGCUAUCCAAGAGCCUGGACGUCAACAAUGUGAUUCUCCCAGUUGUGGCAGCUACCAUCUACUACCAUGAACAGAACUACGAAGCUGCUUUGCGAGUCCUUCACCAGAACGACUCCUUGGAGUGUGCUGCACUUACCCUACAAUGCUAUCUUAAACUGGACAGACUUGACUUAGCUAGGAAAGAACUGAAAAGAAUGCAAGAGAAGGAUGACGAUGCGACAUUGACGCAACUUGCACAAGCUUGGGUCAACCUUUACCUGGGUGGAGAAAAGCUGCAGGAGGCCUUCUACAUCUAUCAGGAGCUGGCUGAGAAGAACACGGCAACUCCACUGCUGCUGAAUGGACAGGCAACAGCCUACAUUGCUCAGGGAAAAUAUGAAGAAGCAGAGGCUCUGCUGCAGGAAGCAAUUGAAAAGGAUAGCAACCAUGUGGAAACACUCAUCAACCUGGUGGUGCUGUCUCAGCAUUUGGGAAAGUCUCCAGAGGUGACAAGCCGUCUGUUAAGUCAACUUCGUGAUACGAACAACAGUCAUCCAUUCGUGAAGGAAUACCAGAGCAAAGAGCAGGAAUUUGACCGGCUGGCGAGGCAAUAUGCUCCUGCACCUUAAAACACCGAUGACAUCCUACUGUGGUUGCCGAGCCUCCAUAAUAAACUUCCCUUCCCCAUGUUACACUGAAAACGAUGCACUGUGCAUGUUUAAGUAUUCAAGCAUUGUUGACAGUUUAGAAU